CAGUAAAAUGGCUGUAUCUAGCGGAGCCUCGUGUUGGUUGGGUUCGCUCCCCGUCUGUACCCGGGCUCAGUAACACAACUCCCACAACAAUUUCUCUCGCUUUUUUACGCAUUGUAUGGAGCCUCCAUCAUCUCUCUAGCCCAUUUACGGAACCGGAACCGGGGGAUGGCGGCCGGAUUCGGUCCGGUAUAAGGGGCGGGAAUGAAUCGGCACAAGGAUAAAUGGUUAUAAACAAUUAUUUAUAUUCAAUGCUAGCUUUUGAUUGUGACUGACUCGCCGAGAGAGGGAGAGAGAGGUGGGGGGUAUAUCAUGGCUGCUCAGGUCGCCAGCGCCGCCACUCUUAACACUAGCCCGCCUUCCGAACUCAAAAAGCCGGAUCGAGACCCCAAGGAGGAGUCGGCACCGGGGGACAAGCAGUCAGACAAAAAGCAGCCGGGCUUGGAUAACGUAUCGCCGGGCCGGGGGGAUCUGCAGGACGGGGCCGACGGUGGAAAUGCAGGGGGAGGAGGGGAAUCUGAGAUGAAGAACGGGAAUGGGAACCCGCCCAGGGCUAACAAUAAUAACCAGAAUGACUCCGUUGGACCGGAGGGAAAUAACCAUCCCGGUUUGGUGCAUCACCACGGCCCCGGUUUUCCCCCACCUUCGUACGGAUACAGUCAGCACUACGGUCGGGCCCCUUUUCAUCAACAUGGCGGACAACAAAGCCCUGGCAUGGCAGCUGCUGCGGGUCCGGUUGUGCAGUCGAACAACAUGAUGGACCCGUAUCAACCCAACUCGCACGACCAUGGCUUUUCCAAUCACCAGUUCAACAACUACAGCCCGUUCCCGAACAGGACUCCCUAUCCCGGCCAGGCGUACGCCAUGAACUCGCCUCGCAGUAACCAGGCGCCGACAGCUGGGGGACAGCCAGCUAAGCAGCAGCCACCAGCGGGAGGACCCGCGGCGAUGGCUGGAUCGUACAGUAACCAGAGAUAUAACAUCGGGAACCCUCAACCCACGUCCACGCCGACGCUGAACAAGCUCCUCACCUCCCCCAGCUCGACGCGGGGAUACACGAACUACCCACCGAACGACUACGGUAGCCAAGAAGGCGCUGCUAAGGGACCAGCAGACAUGGGCAGCAGCGGCCAGUACGGAGGGAGCAACCCGGGUUGGCAACAAAGGAGCCAUCACCCUUCGCCCAUGAGCCCGGGAAGCGCCGGGCAGCCGCUGGCUAGAACCCAGCCCCCUGGUCCUAUGGACCCGAUGGGUAAAAUGAGAGGUCAGCCGUACGGCGCAGCAAGUCCCUACGGUCAGCAGUCGCAGCAGGGGCCUCCGACCGGUUCUCAACAGGGCCCUGCUUACUCUGGUCAGGGUUAUGGCCCACCAGGUCCUCAGCGAUAUCCAGUGGGAAUGCAAGGACGGACUCCGGGAUCCAUGGGUGGCAUGCCCUAUGGACCACAGAUGGGAUCAUAUGGGCAACAGGGACCAGGAGGCUAUGGCUCUCAGGGUCAGGCACCAUAUUACAGCCAGCCCGGCCAGGCUCCUCACCCAGGUCAACAGCAAGCCCCCUAUUCCCAGCCUCCACCAGGACAGCCAGGCCAGACGCCUUAUCCAGGGCAACCCCACCCGGCUCCUCCUUCUGCUCCUCACACCCAGGGAGGACCAGCCUAUCAGCAGUCUCAUAUGCCCCCCCAGUCCCAGGGGCCUCUGUCAGGACCAUCACAAGGGCCCCCACAGUCUCAGCCACCUUAUCCUCAAGCCUCUGUGCCACAGUCUGGCCAGUCUCCCUACGCACAGCAGCAAGGUCCUCCCAGUCAGGCCUCACAGCAGCCAAAUUCCCAGGUGCUCCCUGGAUCACAGGGUCACCCUAACUAUCCAGGAUCCGCACAGGGGCCUCAGCAGCCUUCCCUGCAGCAACAGCAGGCACAGUCCCAGCCUCCUCAGCAGCCACCAGUACACAGCCAACACCCACAGGGCCAACCUGCUGCGUAUCCACAGAACUCUCAGCCGCAGCAAGCACAACAGUCACCUUAUCAGCGCUUUCCUCCUCCACAACCACAGGAGGUAUCCCAGGACUCAUUUCAGUCCAAUGCUCCUCCAUCCACUCAGUCCAAGUCUGGCCCAGAGGACAGCCAAGGCCGCCCCUCCAGCCUUCCGGACCUGUCCGGGUCCAUUGAUGAUCUGCCUACAGGUACUGAGGGCGCACUGAGUCCUGGUGUGAGCACGUCUGGUGUCUCGAGCAGCCAGGGCGAGCAGAGUAACCCGGCCCAGUCGCCCUUUUCCCCCCACACAUCGCCCCACCUGCCAGGUAUUCGAGGGCCCUCCCCUUCCCCAGCAGGCUCCCCUGCCAGUGCAAGCACACCCCGCACUGGACCGCUGUCACCUGCCAACAUGCCAGGGACCCAGAUGCCACCCAGGCCAGCAAGUGUGCAGUCAGAUGGGAGCCUACAUCCUGCAAUGAGUCAGUCCCCUAUGGCUCAGGACAGAGGCUUUAUGCAGAGAAACCCUCAAAUGCCCCCUUAUGGCUCCCCUCAGUCAGCCUCUGCACUCUCACCCCGCCAGUCCUCAGGGGGUCAGAUGCAUUCGGGGAUGGGCCCAUAUCAGCAAAAUAAUUCUAUGGGUGGCUAUGGACAGCAAGGAGGACAAUACGGCCCCCAAGGUUAUCCCCGGCAACCUGGCUAUGGCAACAUGCCCAAUGCUAACUAUCCUGGGCCGGGCAUGGGUCCAAUGAACCCCAUGGCAGGACAGGGUGGAGGGCCACCAUAUGCUGGCAUGCCUCCAGGAAGGAUGCCUCAUAAUCAAAUGGGGACGCGUCCUUAUGGCCCCAAUAUGGGUCCCAACAUGGGCCCGAACAUGCCUCCUAAUAUGCCUCCUAAUAUGCCUCCUAACAUGCCUCCUAACAUGGGCAACAUGCCACCCCAGGUAGGCUCAGGAAUGUGUCCUCCACCAGGCAUGAACCGAAAACCCCAGGACCCUGGAUCCAUGCAGCACCCUUCGUCAAACUCCAUGCACAGCAGGAUGCCUGGUUACCCUAGCAUGUCUCCGGGAAUGAUGGGCUCCGGUCCACCUUAUGGCCCUCCCAUGAACAACAUGCCUGGAAUGAUCAAUGCUCAAGGUGGAUCGCCGUAUCCCAUGGGGCCAAACAUGGCCAAUAACUCAAGUGGUAUGGCUCCCAGUCCAGAGAUGAACAAUAAAAUGAAUAACAAGGUAGAUGGAGGUGGAACACCCAAACCAGAUACCAAAUCUAAGAAGUCAAAUUCAUCGACCACAACCAAUGAAAAGAUAACACGCCUCUAUGAGUUGGGACCUGAGCCGGACAGGAAGAUGUGGGUGGAUCGUUAUUUGGCCUUCAUUGAAGAGAAAGCCAUGGAUAUGACCAACCUGCCUGCUGUAGGACGCAAACCCUUAGACCUCUUCCGGCUAUAUAUAUCAGUAAAAGACAUUGGAGGCAUGACACAGGUGAAUAAGAACAAGAAAUGGCGUGAUCUGGCUACUUCGUUGAAUGUAGGCACAUCCAGCAGUGCUGCCAGUUCUCUGAAGAAACAGUAUAUCCAGUGUCUGUAUGCCUUUGAGUGCAAAAUUGAGCGUGGUGAGGAUCCUCCUCCUGAGAUUUUUACAGAUAACAAAAAGAACCAAGCUGCUAAGGUCCAGCCACCCUCUCCAGCGUCCCUCUGCUCCACAGCUGGGUCAGGCUCUCUGCAAGGUCCUCAGACACCCCAGUCCACUAGCAGCUCAAUGGCUGAAGGAGGGGACUUAAAACCUCCCACCCCAGCUUCCACUCCACAUACCCAGAUGCCCCCAAUGCCUCCCGGGUCCAGGAGCAGUGUUAGCUUGCAGGACCCUUUCUCUGAAGGAAGUGAUCCAGCCUUCCCCAGGAAGAACCUGACGCCAAACUCUGCCUAUCAGUCUGCCAUGAACACACCAGACAUGCAAGGGCGCAUGGGCACCUACGAACCUAACAAGGAUCCUUUUGGAAACAUGCGCAAAGUUGGGGAGCAGUUUCUGCCUGCUAACCAGGGUCCUAGCAGUAGUGUGAGUGACCAACAGCAGCAGCAGCAGCCGCCACAGCAACAGCCUCCGUUCAACAGAGGACCACCUGGGGCCAUGGGCACCAUGCCAAUGGGACCUAGACAGCCUUAUCCUUAUGGACCAGGCUAUGACAGGAGAUCUGAGCAUGGAAUGGGCCCAGAAGGCAACAUGGGAUCUGGGGCACCUCAGCCAAACCCUAUGAUGCCUGCCAAUGCCGACACAGGGAUGUAUUCACCAAAUCGCUUUCCUCCACAACAGCCACGGCAUGAUUCCUAUGGUAAUCAGUAUCCUGGACAAGGAACACCCCCUACUGGUUCAUACCCUAAUCAGCAGCCUGGAAUGUACCCACAACAACAGCAGAAUUACAAGCGUCCUGUGGAAGGAGGUUACCCUCCGUCAAAACGUCAUGAGGCAGAGUACAGCGGGCCUUUCCCUGGUGGACAACAACCACCGCAGCAACAGCAAGGAGGUGUCUCUGCACCCUCUUCGGGACCGCAGGAGCCGUACAAUCAAUACAGUGGGAGUGGGCCCUAUUCAAGUUCGGAUCGCCGCCCACCUGGCCCAGGCAAUCAGUUUCCCUUCUCCUUUGGUCGCGAGAGAAUGCAGGGAGCAACUGGACCCAACGCUCAGUCAAAUAUGCCACCUCAGAUGAUGCAGUCGGGCCCAGAGGGGCCUCAGGGCAGCAUGUGGCAGGGACCCCGAGAUAUGAACUACCAGAAUUACCCCAGCCGGCAGGGUGGCCCUGGAGGCCCCCCUCAGGGACCUGGUUACCCUGGCAUAAAUCGCUCAGAGGAGAUGAUGCCAUCGGAGCAGCGUAUGAAUCACGACGGCCCGUGGGGGGGUCAGAUGGGUCCUCGCCAGCCUCCUUAUGGUCCAGCAGGACCUGGCCAACCUAUGCCUCGUUCAGUACAGUCCAAUUACCAGCCUCCUCAGGGUGUGCAGAACCACAUUCCACAAGUGUCCAGCCCAGCCUCCAUGCCCCGCCCCAUGGACAGCAGGACAUCACCCAGUAAAUCUUACAUGCACGGAGUAAUGAAGAUGCAGAAGGCUGGCCCUCCAGUGCCUGCAUCUCACAUAGUGCCCCCUCCAGUGCAGUCGCCUCUAAUAAGACGGGAUAUGCCUUUUCCCCAUGGCUCUGUAGAAGCUACCCAUCCUGUGCUUAAACCACGUCGGAGGCUCACCAUGAAAGAUAUUGGAACACCAGAGGCUUGGAGAGUCAUGAUGUCACUAAAGUCUGGUUUAUUGGCUGAGAGUACGUGGGCCCUGGAUACCAUCAACAUUCUCUUGUAUGAUGACAACAGUAUUUCAACCUUUGAUCUCAACACGUUGCCUGGUCUACUAGAGUUGGUGGUCGAGUAUUUCAGACGCUGCCUCAUUGAAAUCUUUGGCAUUUUGCGGGAGUACGAGGUUGGAGAUCCUGGCCAGAGGACGCUUUUAGAUCCUGAUGCCUUGAAACAAAAUGGAGAUAUCAUGGAAGAAGAAGAAUCCCAGAUGGAGGACGCGGAACAGGAGGAAGUUGAUGAUGAGGAGGAACGAGAGACCGAGGGACAGGGCAACAGGAAAGAGGAGCAAGACCCGGGCUCCGAGUCUCAGAGUCACGAUGAGGAGAGGAAGCGUAAGAGUUCUUCAUCUGAACAGACAUGCUCAUCACAAGGCCUACCUGCCAGUGACCGACCCAAGCAGUCCAGCAAAUUUGAUAAGUUUCCCCUGAAGGUGGUACGAAAGAGAGAUCCAUUUAUCGCUAGUCAGUCCAACAACCAUGGCAAGAUACAAGAGUUUGACAGCGGGUUGAUUCACUGGAGUGCUGGAGGAGGAGAUUCAACAGAACACAUCCAAACCCACUUUGAACCACGCAAAGACUUUUUGGAGCCCCGGGAACGAAUACCUGUGCCCCCGGUUUUGCUGAAAAGACGAGUCUUAGAAGAAGAGAUAAAGGAAAAUUGUGUUCCAGAGGAUGAAGAGAAAAGAAGGCAUCAGGAUGAAGAUGGGCCAAAAGAGACAUCUUUGUCAGACAAAAGCAGCCCAUCGCUGAGCAGUGACGAUGAGAGGAAAGAAGAUUCUGAGGCAGAUGAGAAAAGUCACCAAGUGAAUAAUAGACCUGUUGUGUCCUCCAGCAGUAUUUUAAGCCUGCAGUCCCAGCAGAGUGGCACCAUCCUGGAGGAUGAGCCCCACAGUAAAGAUGAGGGGCCGCUAAUUGCACUGACUAACUGGCAGGAUUCUUUAGCUCGCCGUUGCAUUUGUGUGUCAAAUAUUGUCCGCAGCCUUUCUUUUGUCCCAGGAAAUGAUCACGAAAUGUCCAAGCACCCAGGGCUGCUGCUGUUACUGGGCCGCCUCAUCCUCCUCCACCACAGGCACCCUGAGCGCAAACAGGCCCCGCUCACCUACGAGAAAGAUGAGGAUUCAGAGGAGGGAGUGGGCCAAAGAGAUGAAUGGUGGUGGGACUGCUUGGAGAUCCUGAGGGAGAACACACUGGUCACUUUGGCGAACAUCUCAGGCCAACUGGACCUCUCCAUCUACCCCGAAAGCAUCUGCUUGCCGCUGUUAGAUGGUCUUCUCCACUGGGCUGUCUGCCCCUCAGCAGAGGCCCAGGACCCCUUCCCUUCUCUGGGGCCCCACAGUGCUUUGUCACCCCAGACACUGGUCCUAGAGACAUUAAGCAAAUUGAGCAUCCAAGACAACAAUGUGGACCUCAUCCUGGCCACUCCGCCAUUCAGUCGGUUGGAGAAGCUAUACGGCAACCUGGUGCGGCUAAUCGGCGACAGGAAGGCUGCAGUCUGCAGGGAGAUGGCUGUGGUCCUACUGGCCAACCUGGCCCAGGGGGAUACUCUCGCUGCUCGAGCGAUUGCUGUUCAGAAGGGUAGUGUGGGCAACUUGCUGGGCUUUCUAGAGGAUAAUCUGGCUGCUACACAGCUGCAGCAGAGCCAGAGCUCUCUACUACACCUACAGGGGAUGCACUUCGAGCCCACAAGCCCGGACAUGAUGCGGCGAGCUGCCCGGGCGCUACACGCCUUAGCCAAGGUGGAGGAGAACCACUCGGAGUUCACACUACACGAGUCCCGACUCCUCGACCUGUCAGUGUCUCCCCUAAUGAACUCACUGGUUUCUCACGUUAUCUGUGAUGUACUCUUUUUGAUUGGCCAGUCAUGACAGCUGUAGGGAGCUGUGGCUCCACCUUUUUGGGGGUUCUAUCCCCAAUUCCCUCUUCCCUGGUAACCUGGCUUGUGUGUGUAAUAGGGCAAAGAAAGUUCAGGUGACUGUCUUUAAUUUAUGAAAUCCUUCAGAUUUUAUUCUGAGCCCUCCCCAGGCCGUCCUUGCUCAAGGAGGGUAAUCGCAGAGCUGUGGUGGAUUACAAACCAGGGAGAUGCCCUUGAACUGACACUACUUGCAACAUGAAUGCCAACUGGAUGACCGAGAGGAGAGCACCAUGGUUGGGAGACUUUUCUGCACUUGGGGGGAAAGUACUUUUUAAUAAAGAUAAAUAAAUAGCUGAAAAACAAAAACUGUAACCAAAGUUGCUGUCUCGUUUACAGUGAGUUUGGGAGACACAGUGUGCCCUAGCUCUCCCUCGAGGGCACAAGGAGUCUGUAACAGGUUGACGUUCAUGGGUGAAGCAGACUGACGAGUGGCCUGCUGGUUAUAGUUGCUGUAGUUGGAUUCUCACCAGUCAGCCCGGCAGACAAAGUGCUGUCAAAAGACACCUUCACCAGGGAGGCCUGUGCAGUGUGCAGUAGAUUGUAGGACAUUUUCUGUACCGUACUGCUCUUGAGUGUAAGCAUUCUGUAACACACGUUUCACACAGAAGCUGGCGAUACAGCUCUUCUAGAGUUUUUGAGGUCAUUUUAGUUUGGUGUUAAACAGAAAAUGGCUUUCUUCCCCAAAGUAUCAAGAACCUACAACACCCUUACCUCCUCCUAUCCCUUGAUUGUAUGAAUACCCUUAUGAAAAGAACCACCUCUUAGGACUGGUUUUCAACUUCAAAUACAGCUUUGCUGUGGUGUAUAUAUAAUGUUGUACAUUACACUUCCUUUCUCUGUGUCUGUCUCUGUCUGUGUCACUAUUCUCACUUGUUAUUGGUGAGGGAUGGAGGCUGACAUGCGAGUGCCCUCCAGUCCCCGCUGAUUAGACCCACUCCUCUGGUCUCUCCACAGCUCAAUAGUAUGGCAGACACAGCUCAAACCUGUUAUCUCCUGGUACAACAAAAUAAACUAGAUGAAGUACACAUUUGACAUUUUUUCUUCAGUCAUGGAUUCUGCAUAUUUGUAUUUCAGACUAUGUAGCUAAAACAUGUAAAUUCCUCCCUUUCCCUUUUUUGGCUCAAUGAAUAUCAUUUAUUCAGUAUGAAAUCUUUAUACUAUAUGUUCCACGUGGUAAGAAUAAAUGUACAUGAAAUCUU